AUGGAGUUUAUUGACGCAGUUGCUGACUCGAACUCUAGUUAUUCGGCAUCCGGUCUGCGGAUUUGUGGUAGCUAUGAAAAUUCGGAUGAUUGUAUUGCAACGGCAUGCCGCGUUGCUCUGCAGGAACUUUGAUUAUCUUUCCUCCGAAUGGCCCUUGUUGAUAGUCCACCAACAAAGCCGAAUUCUGUGACGGCUAUUAAUAGUGUUAAUUUAGAACUCUCGAGGUUCUUCGGCGCCCCUCGGCCCAUCAACCUUUACCGGAUUUGCGUCACGAUGUUUUUGUUUAAUUUCCGAUCUACUGAUCUCACUCAGCUCCUCAUGCGGUCCUCGCUGCCAGAAUCGAUAUUACUGUACUUAAACGUCUUCCCUCCGAGUGUGGCCACGGACGAGGCCGAUGGGGAACAGCCGUGGUUCCUUCCGCGCGCUUUUCCCACCACGUGUCUCGCUGAUGCUCUUUUUGCUUGGGUUUAUUUUCGCCUGCAAGAUGACAGUUACGCUAACCGGCUCCGUCACGCCGACCAUUUGCCUCAUCAAAAUCUUUGUUUGACCGUGGCUUCUGAUGUUGAAGCAUUAAAAUCACUCGAUGGAUGGGAAGCCAACUUUAGGAAAAUGCUACUUGAAAAUUCUUCGAAUUGCCCGACGAUCCUCUUCCGUUAUGUCCUACCAUCGCAGAAAUCUUCGCAAGUGCCAUGUACCCAACGGAACUCGUAUCCGAGUUCGAGUCAUGAGUCCAUUCUCAAACCUGGUAAAACUCGCUUCAUGUCCGACUCCUCGCCUCUGGAUACCUACGAGGACCCCUUCAAACUUCCCGACCAACGCUUUACGAAUAGCCUCAACCAAUGGGCGAUUAUGGAAGCGACAUGGAAGGAGAGGUCUGCGUUUUUUAAUAUGAUUGCUUCAACCCCUGGCCUCUACUAUCACCACUUGCCAGACUGGGCAGGAUUGGGUGCUGCUUUUUAUGUGCCCCACGCCUACCGUUGCCUCUUGCCUGAUGGCCGUGCACUUUCGCUGGUAGACCAUCAGAAAGAACUUUCCGCUGCACUUCUUCGCCUGCCUGCCAAAGCCUUCAAAUAUAUUUGUGACAUCAACCGUGACAUAAUUUCACGCUUGCGAAGUCAAGAUUUCGCAUUUAGUUCGGCUCGUGUUAACCUGCAUGGCUACCCUUCAUCGUCCAACACCUGCCGCCACUCUUCAGCCGUUUUUAUUACCGAGGCACUGGACUCUCUAGCCUCUUCACUACACAACGCAACUAGCAACAAUGCCUCGACGCCGAGUUCGCCUGACGAUAAUGGAAGUUGUCACUGUGAACAGUCGCCAAUUGUCCACGACCAACUCUCCUGUCUGAGGUUCGGACUCAUUAUGCCUGGCACGGACAUUUGUGAAAUGGUGCAGUUGGUUUUGCGAACUGCCAAUGCUGUGGAAGAGGAGAGUAAUUACGUUGAUACUCUAUCCGAAGUUGUCAAACGUGGAAUUGAGGAAGCAACACUGUACAUGAAGGACGAACGGGCCAAGCAAAUAAAAGAACAGGGUGUUCUGCGUCAAUUGCCUUAUUUGGACAAACUCAUUAACUGGUGGUCCCCGCCUGUACCCACCCAGAUCCAUGGACGCAUGUUGAACCUUUCGAUUGGUGAACUUGUGUCUACCGACUCCCUCUUGCGUAAAAACAGUCCACAAUGUGAGCAUCCGCCCAGCCGUAACACAUCAGAGAGUCAGAAUUCGUCAUCACUUUGGUCCUGGCUACUGCCAUUUGCCGGGAACUCGUCUGAAGCGUCAGGCGACUCCAACAACGGGGCCGCGCAAACGUGA